ACAUAUAUGCAAUUUUGUACACACGCGCGAUUAUGCAUGUAUAAACAUUCAGUCAUACGCCUUCUCGCACAAUGAGACUUUGUAUUCGAUUAGGUCUCCUGUUUUCUUGAUGUCAGACCUUUUUGUCAUGUCGAAUUAUGUAGGAAGAAAUCAGUCCGUUCGUGUAAAUGAGGUCAAAUUUAAUUAUUGAAUAAAAGCUUAAAAAUGCUUUCCACUAAAACUACAUUCGAGUACAGGCAACUUACGCUGUAGGCGAGGCUUUAGAUUUCAUUUCACAGCGAUUUGAGAAAUUGGGAGGAUCGAUAGGAUCCAUUGACUAAAUAAUGUAGCCUAAAGCGAAUGGGAAGCAGUAGCCUAGGCUACAUUAACUAUUUCAAAAGUAGAGAUGGGUCUCGAGGUGAAGGGCAGUAUGUGCGUCUUGCCACACCGGCGAUUUGCUUCUUCAAGCGGAUCAGCAUGAUAUCCAGUUUACAUUGUGGUAACUGGAACGACGCCUAUCAGGAAACUGUUUUUUUUUCGAGGUAGAAAGUUCACUCACGUGAUGUUUUGAGUAGGGGAAACACUGUAUAGAGUAGGCUACAAAUAAUUUAUAAUGUAUCUCACUCCGCUUAAACAACGGGACAAGAGGUAGCGUACCGUUCAUGUGGGAUCUCAUCUUGGUCUGCCUUCAGAACAAACUAGCCUAAAAGAUUCACCUCAUAGUAUUUUUGUGCGUCUGCAAUCAAGAUGGUAACUCCAGCGCGUGGUCCAGGGCUGAGGGUGGUCCUGCUUGGCAGGGCAGGAGCAGGGAAGAGCACCACAGGAAACACCCUCCUGGGGAGAGAGCGGUUCCAGGAGGGGAGGGCCACCCUGCAGAGUGUGAUGGAGGGAGGAGAGGUGGAGGGGAGGACGGUCACCGUGGUCGACACCCCAGGGACCAACACCCUGGAUAAAGAAGGACUGAGGGAAGAGAUGGAGAGAGCCCUCGUCCUGUCCUCCCCGGGUCCCCAGGUGUUCCUGCUGGUGGUGAGGGUGGGAGGAGUCACGCAGGAGGAUGUGGGCGUGUCUAGGUGGAUCCAGGAGACCCUGGGGGAGCAGGCCCUGAGGCGCACCCUGCUGCUGGUCACCGGGAGAGAGAAGCUCACCCGCAGACAGUGGGAGGAGUUUGAGAAGCAGGAAGUGAUCAGAGGUCUGGUGAGGCUCUGUGGAGGAGGACUCCACGCUGUGAACAGCAAAGCAGAGAUCCACCCUGGGCACGUCACCAAGCUGCUGGAGAAGAUGGAGCAGGUGGUGGAGCAGAACGCAGGACAGCCUUACACCUGGGACACUUACCUGCAGAGGAGAGGACUCAGGGGGGGGAGGAAGGGACAGGGAGGGGGUGGAGGAGCAGAGGGUGGAUGGAGGACACAGGGUGGAGGUGAGAGGAGGGGGGGAAAGACAGGAUAUGAGGUGGAGGGGCAGAAACAGAAGGAGGUGGAGGGCAAGAGAAAUGGACACAAUGUUGAGGAAAAGAGGAUUGAGAAGGAGAAGCAAAUGAGGAGGGAGGAGGAGAGUAGGAGACUGCAAGAAGAAAUGAGGAGAGAGGAAGAGAGUAGAAAAACAGCGGAAAAAAGGAGAGAGGAGAGUAGAAGAAAGGAAGAAAUGAGGAGAAGAGAGGAAGAGAGUAGAAGACAGCAAGAGGAAAAGAGGAGAGAGGAGGAGGAGAAGAGAAAAAGAAAGGAGGAAAUGAGAGAGGAGAAAAACAGAAAAGCAGAGAUAAAGAAGAAGAAAGCAGAGGAGAAACAGACCGCCAUCUAG